AUGUCCGAAUUUCGCGAUAGCGGAAGUCAGCCGGGGGAAUGGGGGAAAAACGAGUUCAAUCCGAUGCAACAGCAGCGGAAACAAUCUGCGUACGAAAAAAACUUUUCUUUCGCAAGACAGGAUCAACAUCGUGGUGAACCGUCUUACCCACAACCUCCAAAUCAGCAAUAUCAACAGAAUCCUGGCCAAAAUCAGUACCAGCGUCAACAUCUUGGGUUUUCACCAAGUCAACCUCAGGGAAAUAACUACGGAGGGCCUAAUAAUUUUCCCGGCGGUGGCUAUCAGAACCCACCACAACAUCAUCAGCAAGCCACCGGUUUCGAUCCACGAGCAAAUUGGAUAUCCGAUAAACAGCAUGAACUACCUGUUGAUGAUAUAUUGAAGAACGAUACAAUCCUUGAUACUCUGAUCGCCGAAAACAAAAGCCUCAAGAAAAAACUUCAAAACAGUUCUCAAAUCGGAGAGUAUGCCGGCAAUCAACAAGAAGUCGAACAACUUCGAAAGCAAUUGAGUCAACUUCGAGCCGACAACGAUAACUUACGGGCCAGGGCGAAUACUGCCUCGAUUCCACAACAAAACAGCAAUAUAAAUCCAAGACAAGAAGAUUUCUACAAGAACGAAAUUCAAAGGCACAAGCAAAAGAUUGCUGCCCUCGAGUCUGAGCUAUCUAACGCACAGACUGGCCAAUAUGAGAAGCCAAUGCCCUUCGGUGCCCAAGGCGGCGGAAAUCAGCCGAAUAGUAAAACGCAAGAAGAGUUGGACAACAUGAAGUUUAUUAACCAACAGCUCCAAGCGGAUAACCAAAAUCUGAACGACCAACUUGUUAAGCUGGAAGCCGACAAGAAGCGCAUCGAAGGCGAGCUGAGAAACGCCAACGAGAAUCUAAAGCGGGAAGUUGCCAACCUUCGUGCAAAUAGAAAUUGA